GAGAGUAAUGUUACCAGCGCUGAGAGAGUGAGGAGGCUGCGUAUCGAUCCCGCUCACAGCCAUUGCAGUGCAUUGGGAUACAUACGAGAUCCAGGCAGCCUUGGUGGCCAGAGCGUGUGUUUGUGGCUUGUGUGAACUGAGAUUCUUGCGUGCACGAGAGUGUGGCACGGGAAAAAAUAAAAAAAUGGGCAAAGGUGAUCCUAAAAAGCCAAGAGGUAAAAUGUCCUCAUAUGCCUACUUUGUGCAAACUUGCCGGGAAGAGCACAAGAAGAAACACCCUGAUGCUUCAGUGAACUUUUCAGAGUUCUCAAAAAAAUGUUCAGAAAGGUGGAAGACUAUGUCUGCUAAGGAGAAAGGAAAGUUUGAAGAUAUGGCACGAGCUGACAAGGUUCGUUAUGAGAGAGAAAUGGAAAGUUACAUACCACCUAAAGGAGAGUCAAAAAAGAAAUUCAAGGAUCCAAAUGCACCAAAGAGGCCCCCUUCAGCAUUUUUCUUGUUCUGCUCUGAGUAUCGUCCAAAAAUCAAAGGAGAACAUCCCGGUCUUUCUAUUGGGGAUGUUGCAAAGAAACUUGGAGAGAUGUGGAAUAAUACUUCUGCAAAUGAUAAGCAACCCUUUGAAAAGAAGGCCUCCAAACUGAAGGAGAAGUAUGAAAAGGAUAUUGCUGCGUACCGGGCUAAGGGGAAGCCUGAGGUAGCCAAAAAGAUAGCUCCUCCUAAGCCUGAGAAAAGCAAGAAAAAGAAGGAAGAGGAAGAUGAUGAAGAGGAGGAGGAGGAAGAGGAGGAGGAAGAUGAGGAGGAAGAAGACGAUGAGGAGGAAGAGGAUGAUGAUGAAUAAUCCUCUUAGAUCAGUUUUUCUUGUCUAUACAAGCAUUUAACCCCCCUGUACACAACUCACUCCUUUUAAAGAGAAAAAAAUUAAACAUAAAGCUGUGUAAGAUUUGUUUUUAAACUGUACAGUGUCUCUAUCUCUCUCACUUUCUUUUUUGUAUAGUUAACACACUACCAAAUGUGUCUUGGUAGCCCUGUCCUUUAGUGGUAUCUCAGUGGCCACUAACCUUGCCUAGUACAGUAAGGGGGUUGUAAAUUGGCAUGAAAGUUUAAAGCAGAUUUCUUGUUGGUGCACAGCACAAAUUAGUUACACAUGCAGAUGUAGUUCAUUACUCAUUUUCAUCAGUUGUCUGCAUAAAAAAAAAUUGAUCUGUUAACUAAAUACCACUCUGUAAUUGCAAAAAAAAAAAAAGUUGUAGCUGUUGACAUUCUGAUUGCUUCUAAGUAAAUACAUUUUUUAAAUUAGUAUUGUUGUCCUUUUAAUAGAUGCCCUUGUAAAGUCAAUAUUUUUCUCUUUCUUUCUGGAAAGCACGUCCCUUCUUUUAUGCCCUUUUGCGAUCACAUCAAAAUGGCAUUCUUUUGUCUCUCCAAUAAGUUGAUGUAAUGAUACAUACCCUACAUAAUCAUGAUAGGGUAGAAAAAUAUACAGGCAUAUGCAAAGGUUUUUUUUUUCUUCAUGUAAGAGGCCACAUUUUUUUCAAGAAUCCUGUUCUUAGCCAAUCUGUAUUUGCUCAGCUUUUGCUACAUACAAUAUUCUACUGAGUUGUGUAAAUUUACCAGUUUUGGAGGGUUAAGAAGUAUAGAAUUCAGUUCAGUGGCAUAGAAUACCUCUAGGGGAAAAAGAACUUCAAAUAUGUGUCCUUGGAGGACCUGAUGAGAAUAUAUUCUCAUUUUGAUCUGUGAGGAAUAUACAUAUGUGACUCCAUUGGCCAAUAAUGAGAGUUGUAUUUGCAAAUACCUGAACACAGAGGUGAGUGUACCCCUAUCCAAGCAGGUAAUGUUAAAUGCUAAAUUACUGUAAUCCUUUUAGGAUACCAUGUCAAGUAAUAGUUGUGGGCUUUUUACCAUGACCUCUUGGUAGUAAAUGUCCCACAGGAAAAGAUUUUACUUUGCUAAUGUUUUCUAUAAGUGGUACCAUUGUUUGAUCUGUAAGAAUUCAUGCUUUCAUAACUGCAUUAAUCCUACCCCAUUUUCAAAAUUUUAUAUUGUCUCAAAACUAAGAUGAGAUAAGAUGUAUCUUUUUCUGUUAGUCUUUUUAUAAUGCAUUCUUGAUAUUUGCCCAUUUUGUAAGUUAAAGAUAGCUGUAUGGGGAAAAUACUUUUUUUCUCAUUUAGGUGUGAGAUGCAACAUGGUAUUCCAUUGACCUCUGAUUUGAUAAAAUACAGGUUGCUUUGAAAACCAAAGUUAAAAAUUUGUGCAUAUUCAGUCAAAGUACUGGCAUUUAUUAAUUCUUUCAUGUUUACCUGCGGACUAAUUUGGGAACUGAUUGGCAAUUCUGUAAUUAUAAAUUAUGGUUCUGAAGUGCCAGUGUUUAAAGAUAGCAUUCUUGUAACUUUACACACAUUUUUGAUGGAGUAUUGUUUUGUUAUACAAUUUUGACUUUUAAGAUUCUUACUUCAAUUUUGCAUUUGUUUAUGUAUAACUUCAGGAGAGUACUGAACAUCUGGUUUCCUGGUUGAUACUAAUAAAAAAUAAUUACAGAGGUUUUA